UCAGGUUCUGCCUUUUGCGUGUCCGGAUGCUCCUGCACAAAUGACGGACUGGGGAGGUCCCUGCUUUGUAUGGAAACCGCCCUAAGAAGAGUCCCGGAAAACAUCCCUUCGGAUUUCGUAAAAAUCCGCAUCGAGAACUCCCACCUGACCGAACUGCCUCGGGGGUCGUUCCUCGGAGUCGGUGCCUUGGAGUUCCUCUGGCUCAACUUCAACAACAUCACCGUCAUGAACAUGAAGAGCCUGGAGGGCCUGAGCAACCUGACGGAGCUGCGGCUGCAGGGCAACAAACUCAGUUCGGUACCAUGGACAGCGUUCCACGACACGCCGAAUCUGAGAAUUCUGGACCUGAAACACAACCGUCUUGAUGUCCUCCCAGAAAACGCGCUGAGACAUUUACCAGGGCUGACCUACUUAGACUUAUCCUUCAAUAAGCUUACUGUUAUAUCUAGGGACGUCUUCCUCAACUGGCCUCUGUAUCAGGGGCCAGAGAGACAUGGCAAACGGGAGGACGGUGCCGCCAACGUCGUUCUGGCGCUCCACGACAACCCUUGGCUGUGCGACUGCCGCCUGAAAGGUUUCGUCGAGUUCAUCAGAUCUGUCAGCCCUCCCAUUAUUCUCAUGAACUCGUACUUAACCUGCUCGGGUCCUGGAGUCAGAGCCGGCAAGUUUUUCCACGAAGUCGAGAUAAAGACGUGCGCGAAGCCGGUGGCCACCGCGCCACUGACGAACAUAACUCGUCCGCUGGGGGUCAACGUUACGCUAACGUGUGUCAUUAGUGGGAGGCCCGACCCGGUGGUCCAGUGGACAUACGGCUUGAAGAUCAUACGAGGGUUUACUGAGUCACAGACCCAGGUGGAUGAAGACACCUUCAAGUCGGAAUUAGUGAUUCCUUCGCUCCAUCUGGCCGACCGCGGCGUCUACACCUGCGCCGCGAACAACUUCAUCGGAAACUCCUCCUCCAGCAUCUUGGUGAACAUCAAGGCCCCCAACUCCUCAUCGCCGCUGUCGCCCAGCUUCCCCCUCGCUUCGGCCGAGGAAAACGUCUACAUAGACAUCCGCAUCGCCAAGCAGACCGUGUACGGCAUCACCCUGGAGUGGUACGCCGUGACAGAGAACCCGGCUGAAACCUGGUACACCAUCCACUUCGGCAAGUUCGAAGCUGCCAGGAAGGAACUGAUCUACAUCGGCCCCGGGAUCAACAGCUACUCGGUCACCGACCUGCUGCCCGUCACCAAGUACGAGGUCUGCGUCACGCUGAAGAACCAGGCUCCCAGGAGCGGCCAGUGCGUCGUCUUCAUGACCGGCAGCGACAUCAGCGAGCUGGAGCAGCGCGAGAAGCUCAUCCACAUCAUCGUGAUCGUGUGCGCCAUGGUGCUGGCCGUACCCGCCGGCAUGUACGCCUGCACCACGGAGACCCGCUUCCGCUGCUUGGACCGCUGCGCCGAGGCCUGCAAGAGGCGCCGGUCCACCCAGAAGAACCCGAAGCCGGGCGAGAGGCAGGGCACCUUCGACAGCCUGCAAGCCGGAAGCGACGAAGGCCUGUGCAGGGACUCCAACGAGGACAGGAGGACGAGGAGGCGCUCGGAGGACAAGACAACGAGGGCCAAGACCGACCAAAGGAACGCUGCUGAACUCUACUGA